UCCAUAUCUGCCGCCAUAUCCGGUGAAACUCAAAUAUUUUUUUUCCUAUUUUUUCUUUUAAAAUAAAUGAACCAUGGCUUCAGAUGACAUUGCUGAUGUUACAAAGAGACUUGAAAGCACGAAAGUUGACGAGAAAAAUCUUCUGAGCUUCAAGGGAAAGGGACUGAAGCUGAAUAAACCGGAGGAUGCGAAAGAAGUUGUAGAUGCAAUAGAACAAUGUUCUACAAUGACAGCUCUGAGUAUGGAAGGCAACACACUAGGUGUGGAGGCAGCUGAAGUCAUUGCUCAAGCUCUGAAAAAACAUCCGGAAUUUGAGAGAGCUCUAUGGAGUGAUAUGUUCACAGGCAGGUUGAAAACAGAGAUUCCACAGGCCCUGAAACAUCUAGGAGCAGCUAUGAUAGAAGCCAAUGCACAGUUGGUAGAACUUGACCUCAGUGAUAAUGCAUUUGGACCUAACGGUGUGACUGGUAUAGUUGACCUCCUCAAGAGUAAAACAUGUUACACGCUGAAGGAACUACGGCUCAACAACAAUGGUCUUGGUACUACUGGAGGAAAGAUGUUAGCUGGUUGUUUGAUGGAUUGCUACAACUCAAGUAAUGCUGCUGGGUGUCCCCUGGCCCUCAGAGUGUUUAUCUCAGGGAGGGGCAGACUAGAAAAUGAGGGUUCUACAGCCUUGUCAGAAGUUUUCAAGCUGAUGGGGUCCCUGGAAGAAGUUCAGAUGCCACAGAAUGGUAUCAAUCAUCAGGGAAUCACAGCUCUGUCUCAAGCCUUCGAACACAAUCCAAACCUUAGAAUACUGAAUCUAAACGACAAUACCUUUACCGUAACAGGAGCAAAAUCUAUGGCAAAAGUUUUACCGAAGUUGCAGAAUCUAGAGGUCAUCAAUUUUGGUGACUGUUUGAUAAGGUCAGAGGGUGCCAAGGUUAUAGCAAGAUCUAUCAGUGAUGGACAUAAAAAGUUAAAGGAACUGAUAUUGAGUGGAAAUGAAAUCAAUAAACAAGGGGCCAAUACUGUAGCAGAAGCAGUUGAAAAUAAAGACAAUCUUACACUACUGGAUCUUGAUUCAAAUCAGCUUGGUGAGGAAGGUGUUGAACUAGUGCAAGCAACACUGGAAGCCAUUGGAAAAACAGAUAUCUUAGGUUCACUUAGCGGUGAUGAAGGGAGUGAUGAUGAGGAGGUGGAGGAUGACUAUGAUGAGAGUUAUGAGGAAGGUGUGCAGGAAGAGACUGAGGGACAACACGUCGACGAUCCAGAACUUCAAGUACGAGGAACAGCACUUAGUCCCAAACAGAAUGUAAAUGUGAAAGACUUCCUUUCGUUUCCCUCCCCAACAAAACUACACAGUAUAGGCCGUGACUUUCCUACAUCAGUGAGGCAAGAAUUAGGGGAUGAUUUAAAAGAUAUAGAUAAGACGGUCAGCACUUUAAUACGAAUAUCUACUGUAGUUACAGAGGAUGACAGGAGAUCUAAACAGACUGUAUGUGAGUGUGCAGAUAACAUUUUAGAAGAGGUUUUUACAGAAAACGACAAUGCAGGAUCGCUUGUUGCUAAUGCUUACCUUGUUUAUAUAGGUAUAUUAAAGGGUGAAGACAAGAAAUAUCGCCCUCCCAGUGAUAUAACAGGCCCACUGAUAGUGCUAGAACAUAUUGUAAAACAGAACUACUUUCCUUAUCCUGCAAAGAAAAUCAUCUCAGCUUUUAUGGAUAAACCUCACCCAUUGUUAGACAAGUCAGUUGCUAUCAGAGGUAAACUGCUGCAGGCUCUGUAUUCAUAGUGCUUCAACAGAUUUUACACCACAAAUUGUUUGGAAAAUUAACAACCUUCUAACUUAAUGUCCUAUAACAUGAAUUGUGACAGAUGGAAAUAUGCAGGAACACACUUUAUUCUUUUGCACAGCAAAUGAUGAAAUAGUGCUUGAAAGAGGGUCCAGAAAGAAUUUACAUUCUACAAAUGUAUGCUGCACUGUAACAAAAUCCAGAACAUAGUGUGAUACUGUGAUACACAAAUCAAAUGAUAGAUAUGUGAGAAAAUAAAGCAUCUCGUUUCAUGACUAAACUUUCAGAUCAUGGGCUGUCAUUUAUCAUUUAAUUUUAUGCAACUACUUUUUUACAGAAUAUUGUUGGAAGAGACUUAUCUGUUUGCUCAGUAUUAACUAUUUAAGUUAUAAAACACUGCAUAAUGAUAUCACUUAAAAGUUUUGUAUUUGUAUACAACACAGCUGUAGAAAGAGAUAAUCUGGAGACUCAGUUUUUUUCAUGGAUUUUUUGUUUGAUAUCAAGAUAAGAUGUACAGGGUAGAGCCACCCAUUUUCCUUCAUUUCAAUAUUUUAUUAGAAAUCACUUGAAAAAAUAAACUAACAGAAAAAAUCUCUUAUUCCUAAAUGUGGGUUUCCUAUGAGCGUCUCUUCGGGUCACAUUAAGUAGUUAUUUUCUCAGUGUGGUAAACCAGUGCCCAGGCAAUUGAUAACAAGUUUAAAAUGUUUCACAUGAGCAACGCUGCCGCCAUGCCCCAAUGUGACUGAAAGUUUUGUAAAUGCAGGAGUGAUAGCAAUAUAACCUUUACAUAAAUAAUUAUGAAAAAGCGUUUCCCAAAAGACAUGAAAAUCAAACAUUCAAAUGAUCUGGAUCAAAUUAUUGCUUUAAUGAUGCAGGAAUAAAACAUUUAUUCUACAUAUAUGGAAAGUGGUUCCAAACCAGUAUUAUACAAAAAAAAAUAAUAGCCAUAUUGCCUAUUGGUUAAAAGUCUAGUUUGUACGCUAUAUGUAUAAAGUUUGAAGAAAAUAAAAGACAGCCUCAACACAAGAUUUUGUACCUUAUGUUUGCCAGAUAUCACCACUGUUACUGUUACUGAAAAAAAUCAAGACAUAAAUAAAUAAGAUAAAUGUAAA